AUGGCAGAACACAUUGAUACUAAUCGACUUCAUUUGGAUCUUCAUUAUCGUUUUGAUUAUUUAUCGAAAUUUCUUAAUUUUACAUCGGAUGAUAUAGCUAUGCUUAAUACAUUUGCACCUAUUGUUUUUCCUCUUAUACCAGUUAUAUCUGAUACUGUUUAUAGAAAAUUAUUUUCAUUUGAUAUAACAAAACAAUAUUUUCUUAUACGUAAUGAAGGUUUUGAAGGUUUUACAUCUAAAAAACAAUGUGGUGUUACAUUAGAUUCAGCUCAAAUGGAACUUCGAAAAGAUAUGUUAAGUAUGUAUUUAAAACGUAUAUUAACACAACGUGAUUGGAAUGAUACAUUUCUUCAAUAUUUAUCACAAAUUGGAAAAAUGCAUACAAAUCAAGCUGGUUCAUCUUCGAUUAAUGUUGAUUAUAUACAUAUAAAUGCUUUACUUGGACAUUUAGAACAUUUACUUAUUGAUGUUUUAUGUAAUACUGAUACUAUAGAUGAAAAAACAAAACGUGGAAUAUUAAUGGCAAUUAAUAAAUUUUUUUGGAUACAAAAUGAUUUUUUUACAAUGCAUUAUUUAAUGGCAGUAAAAGAUAAUAUAAUACCAAAAAAAUCAUCAGAAACAAAUAAAACAACAAAAUGUUGUUGGAUAUAG